CACCUCCCGUCUUCAAAGAUUUAAAGUGCUUGAAGGAACUAUUUUAUGUGAUGGAAGGCAAUAGCUUUAAUGCUAUUUGUGAAUUUGACAGCAGGUGGGAUACAGAGGUAUACGUUGGUGUAUCGUCAUUUGAGGCAACCUCAUCUCAACAACUUCGCCGUUCAGUUGAAGAAAAUUUCAAAUAUUCUAGACAGCAACUUUCUCAGUUGGAUAUAGAUUUUCAUGUGGAUGAUGAAGGCAUGAAUAAGAAGAUUACUGUUGCUAUCACCAAUCUUAAACUUGAACAGGAUUGUGAUUUAUUUAUUCGCAUAGCCUCCAGAUACGGACAAGGACGCGUUUCUACCGCAAUAAAGGUGGUUCCCAAACCUCAACUUACUAUGUCUCCAUCCAAUGAAAAUUGUAUCAAAGAAUGUGAUGAAAAGCCAUACAAUGUUUCAUGUGGUCUAAAUGAAAAUAUAGUACAAGAUUGGAAAUUAAAAUUUAAUAUAGAACCAUCAGUUGACUGGAUUAUUCAAAACCAAUGGACAAGAACACAUUUAGAACCCAAUGGUUUGGGGAAAUUUAUAACUGUAAAUGAUGGGCAUGAUUCGGUACUAACAGUAUGGCCGGAAGGAAAACCAAGUCCAGUCAUGGAUCAACAUGAACAAGAUGAAAAUGAAGAAGUGGAGAAAGGCGAAGAAGAAUCAAGAAACUCAAAGAUAAACGGUGAACCAGUUCAAAUCCCUAGCACAACAUUGAAACAAUUUCUUGCACAAAAAAUGAGUGAUUCUGAGGCUCAACCACCCAAAGAUCUUAUUCUAAGCUGUUGGAUACGCUUAACUGUUAUUGAAAGGGAAGCGGAAUUUGAAAAACCAGGUGGAUUAGCACUACACCAACCAGUUGCACGUGAAGCUCAACUUGUACAACCAACUGGUACCAACCGUUUAAUAUAUGAUUCACGUUGGGAAACUGAUACAAAUUUAGUGAAACAGUUAACUGCUACUCGUACCUUUACUCCAGAUCUAAUACCUGCCUCUGCUGGACUUGCAUGGAUUGCUGCUGUUAUUAUUGGAGUAAUUAUUCUAAUAGUCGUUAUUGGAUUAAGUAUAUGGUUAUGUACACGUGAUCGUGGUGAAACUUACAUGGUUUAUGAUAAAGAACGUGCUCAUGGACAUGAUCCUAUACAAGAAUUGAAAGAGAAGGAGACAUUUCAAACAUUUCAAAGAUUGGAAGAACCAAGAAUUGCUGCUAGCCGCUAUUCGCUAAACGAUGGGAGUGUACGCUUUGAAAGUGAAGAUGAUGGGGAGUUAGACGAAUAUGCAGGUGGUCCGGUGACACAUCCACUACUCACGAAUACACAACAGGAAUCUCAUCAUACAGAAUCAAAUCAUAAUCAAGAUAAUUUUAAUGAAGAAGCCUCUUUUCUUGGUCAAUAUUCUGGUAUCGUGCAAUCUCUAAACCUACUGUAA